AUUAAAUUUAACAAAUAGUGACUUUGUUUUCAAUGUAUAAAUUAAAAUUAAUAAUCAUUUAUAAGUCUAAAGUUCAACGAGAGAUCCAAACAAAUAGUUGUGUUAUUAUUAAUAAUAAUUUUUUUUGAUAAAGACCUCUGAAUUUUCAAUUAGAAAUCGCAUUUGAUUUAAGUCUUUAUAAAAAGUUAGUCGAGAGAAGACUGCGCGACGUUUAUUAAGUUAUUAAUCGUUGAUUAUAAUCAAUACAAACACACUUUAAUUUACUUUUUAAUUUAUAUUUAUUACUAAAUGAUUUUAUCUAAAUAUUUUGAUUAAAUUGUUUGAUUUUAAGUGAAUUUACAAUUUUAAGCGCGAUAUGAAAUUAAAUUUGUGUAAAGUUGUUAUAUUUAACUUUUAUUUUUGUAUUGUUUAGUGAAUUUUAAUAAUAUUAAUAUUACAAAACUGGACAUUAAUCGUAUCCAAAAUGCGAUUAAUUAUAUUUUAUCUGAUGAUCACUGCUAUUGUCAUCAAUGAUAUCUCCAAAGUGUUAGUUGAAUCUAAGGUACAGUUAUGUGAGUCUUCGCCCAAAUGGACUGUCAAUAAUGGAAGAAAUAUAAUGAAGGAAUCGUUGGGAAACGUGACUCUCGUUAUACUAAUUAACGCCUCGUAUCGGUUCGGUCUUAAACAGGCAUCAAGUCUUGAAAAUAUGUUAAGAUUUCUUAAAAAGUCUGGUCUUAAAGACAUUAAUUUUAUAAUAAUUAACUCCAAAGACAAUGAAUCAAAACAAAAGUUUAAAGAAUUGUCUCAAAAGGUGUCAUUUAAUGUCUAUCAGGAAACUGACAGUGAAUUAGUUUGGACUGCAAUUGAUGGCGGAAAGGAUGAUAUGUUUAUAUUUGAUAGAUGUGGUUUAUUAAAUUAUUACAUACCGUUCCCGUUAAGCAUUGUUCACGCCCAACAACCUAUACUACAAGCGGCCCUUUUGUCGACCUAUUUUGAUAAUCCUUGCACUACAACAUGUGAUUUAAUUGCAUCAGAGACUAGUCCUUCAACGACAACCAUUAUCUCAAACUCAAGCACUGAGAUGUCAUUUAUCUCAAGGCCUGAUGAAGAGAUAAUUACUGAAAUCUUAAAUGAAACCAUUUCUGAACCAAAUAUUACCACAAUUGAUGAAUUAAAAGAUGACAAUGUAUUUAAUGUGGAAACCACUAAAACUAAUGAAUUGUUUAUUGGUGAAGAUGGCAGUGGUUCAGGAAGUGGUGAUCAACCGAUACAAGAGAUUUUAGAAUUAAAUGAAUUAAUUGUUACAAACAUUACGGGAAAUAAUGACACAAAAGAUGAAGAAGAGUGGAAAGUCUUAGAUAUUUUUAGAUCCAAAAAUAAUCGGACGGAUAAAGAAGUUUUUGAUGACAUUUAUAACAUAAGUAUCACUCAAAAUGAUUACGAUAUUCUUGAUGUUAACAAUGAGACCCAAACGACAACAAUUGAUAGUUUAGACACCAAUAAUAUUACCAAUACUACCGGUGCGACACCCAAUCAAUCGCAAGCAUUUCCUAAACGAACGCGUUUUUCAUUAUAUAAUUCUGCCGCACGCGCGAAGUGCGAGACAUUCAAUAAGUCAAUGUGUGACGAGUGGUCUACCGAUCGGUUACUUCGGGUUAGACUUUGUUGUCUGACUGAUAUGACUGCUGAUGAUGACUCCGGUUUCGGGUGCGGACACUUUGAACGAUCCAAAUGUAAUCAAAUGCUUCCUCUAAUCAAAUGUUGUCUAAAAGACUUCUCACAACUUCUUGAGAAUUAUUAUCAAUCAAUGAAAACAACUCCACAACCGCUUCGUCAACAAUGGGACUGAUUUUCAAUGCAAUUAAAUUAUUUAUAAAACUCAAAAUAAGUGUCAAAAUAUUGUACAAAAUUUAAGAUAUGAUAUUAAAAAAAUAUGAGAUUAUCAGUGAAUUCUUGCUAAUCAUAAAAUAUUACUCAUUUUUUGUGUAAAUUUCUUAUCAUAUUUUUAAAAUAACUCAUAGAUUGC